AAGUGUUCGUGUCUUAAAAUGCUUAGACGUUCCUUAGUCUCUACUCACUAAAACAUUAAGUUUAAAACUUUACAAACUACAUGACGUCAUAUGUCAGUGGAAGCGGUGAACCACGUCAGUCAUGUCACGUGAUCAAAGAGUCGUCUGCUACACAGAUCAAAAUGGCGGCAGAGCGGUGGUGAAGAGUGUGGAGCGACACGGAGCAGCUUGCAAAUUAGGAUCCCGUUGUCUUAUUUUUGGCAUAUCUUUUCCUGGCUUUGCUUGGCUCGUGUCGGGUUUCCGAGUGUAGUUGCAUCUCGCAAGCGAUGCAUGUGGGUCUUGACAAUGCACAAGCAUCUGAAGUGAGGAAUCGGAGUGAAAUGGAGUUAAGGAUGUAUAUAACGGACUCUCCGUCACCUGAAUAGCAAUUACUGGUCUUUUACACCAGUGGUGCCGAUUUCCUCUUCUUGAUUGUUUAAUCAAUGAUGCAUGUGAGACUCGUUCCAAACGUGAGUAUAUGGGUGCAGUGUUGUCGGAAUCAUCUCUUCCCUGUUUCCGGAUUACAGCUUCCCAGACCUUUUUCAUUAAGCAACAACUAUACAUGACUUUGGGACGCGGCUUAACAGAUGUACGAUGUUUUAUGUUCUAACUACAUGUAACAAUUUGUAUUCUUCACGCAAUGAAGAAUAUAUCAACCACUUAACAUACGUUUCAAGGUUUUGGACUCCUGGACCGUUUUGAAUAUUCAAAUGAUGUGAGAUGUAAUUCUAAUCAUUACCGAUUCAGUCGUUGAACAUUGUGGGGGAUAUUUCUUCAAUGUUUCAAAGCUGCAUAUAAAGUGUAAAUCUAUUUGAGUUACUGUGACUUGAGGAUCAAUCGUUGGAGCUGAUCGGCAUAUGUCAGUUGCUUGAGCUGUCUCGGGAGUCUACGGGAUAGCACCCGCGCCCAAACAUCUCCCUAACACACCAUCACGGAUAAGUAUUGAGAAAACAGAAGAGUUUAGCGUAUGCGGAAUAUUUUGGAAGCACUUAUCUGAAGGUAGAAUGCUCUUGGAACCGGGCCAAGGAAGUUGAUGGAUUCUUACUCCUCUAGUUGAAAUUUGCAUUUUAUACUUCAAUCCCUGCUUAACGUGCAUUAAGAACUGAACACGACGAGAUCGGGAUUUCAAGGAUUAAAGAUUGUACUCAAAACCUUUGUGAUAUGAAAAUAUCACUGGGAACAGGAAUACCUUGAAGAACGACAUACGAAUAAUAUUCCAUUUAUCUGUGAAUAAGUGCAUAUUCAGUAUAUGGAUACCAGGGAUACAAGCUUCAUAUUUGACGUUGACCUUCGGAUUCGUCCUUGAGCGGAAACUCGAAUCAAAGCUGGCGACCAUUGUGCAACGACAUUAUAAGUCGGACGGUCACGUGACAUCUCCUGACAUCCAAAUCGUCCGUGUAUGUACGGCGUUGUACUUAGUAAGCACAGUCAUGGCAAGUGUGGCCUAUAACUUUAUGACAGUGGAUUCAAACGCCCACCACCGUCGUUACAGCAACUCCGGCCAUGAUACCGGCGUGAGCGUUGACGUUUUAAGCGAGACGUCAUCAAUACCAAGAUCUGCCAAGAAACGAACUCGUAAGAAGUCUUCUGCUUCUGUUGUUCAAACCAACCACAAGAAGUUCUACGGUUUCUGCAGUUGUUGCGAAAAUCGUCCCCUCACAUGUUGUGUCAAGGUGAAAGUACAAGUGUGCGUGCAGUUUUUCAAAGUCGGCGAGAUCGACACACUCAAGGAACAAUACACAGCUGACGUCAUCGUGCGGGCAAGAUGGCGGGAGCCAAGUUUGGAUGGACAAAUUCAGUCGGCAGGAGACAUCCAGGAUUUUCAGAAGUACUGGAACCCCAAACUAUACAUCGAAAACACGAUAGGAGACCCUAAGGAGAUCUUGCGGCACCGCCUCACAUUCAACAACAGGGGGGAAUGUUUUGUGUCGGAGAAGAGAAUCAUCAAGGGGACGUUCAUGGAGAACCUGGAACUCGACAACUUUCCAUUUGAUGUACAGGACUUGACUGUUACUGUGGCAUCCGAGUUUCCCUCAUACGAGGUGGAGAUUGUUGAAGACUCUGAGAACAGACAUAUGGUGAACAGACAAAGCUUCGUGGACGAGCAAGAGUGGCAUCUAUAUGUGCACACGGAGUGUGAGAAGAAAGCCAUAGUCAUUGACCAAGCGGACAAUAGUGUAAAGAGAUCGGCAGUUUCCGUCAAGUGCCGAGCAGCAAGACGACCCGGUUACUUUGUAUGGAAUAUAUUCAUGGUGACGUUUCUCAUCUGCAGUCUGGCAUUCGCCACAUUUAGUGUUGAGAAGGAUCUACCCCAGAACCGGCUUCAGCUGUCCUUCACGCUUGUCCUCACCGCCGUCGCGUUCAAGUCAGUCGUCAAUCAGAGUCUACCGCGGAUAUCCUAUCUUACAUAUAUGGAUAAAUAUUUACUAACGUCAAUGGUAAUGCUGUCGACGGUGUGUGCAUGGCACGGUAUCGUGACGACGUUGUUGAAGGACCGUGAGCACGCCGACAAGGUGGAGGUGAUCGUACUGUCUGUACUGGUGGCCCUCUACAUCCUCUACAAUGCCGGCUUCAUGCUGGCGAUAUAUGUAGUACCUUACAAGAAACGACGAAUAAUGGCCCAGAAGGAUAGGGAGUAUAAAGAAGGUUGGCAACAUAGAGUGAAGGCAAAAUACUAGCAUCUAAAGGCCUAUACCCGAGUCCCUCAAUUCUUAACAAGAACUGAAGAUGACCUUACCGAAAAACGUUCCCGAAGCGUUCUAAAAACGGUACAGUUGACCUUCUCAGGACCUGUAAGUCUCUACUUCUGCUGAGCAGAGGUCACAGUAGGUCAAGUCAGAGGUCAAGGUUGCAGACAAAGGUCGAAUUAUGAAGACCAAGGUCAUCAAACGCCAUUGAACAGUCGGCAUGUCCGUCGCAGAUGUCGGUCUUUCACAGAAAUCCGCAACCUAGUCAAGCGCAAGAUUUGGACAACGUGUCAGACGAAUCACUCGUGUCUGAAAUCUGUGAAUACCAUUCUUCAUGAACUUCCCACGGCAAACAGAUUCAUCGUUGACAGUGUCAGAGGUUGUCCAGACAUAUCCUGCAUCUGGAGGACACAUACGUACACAGGUGCUCCGGAGGAUGACACUCUCCUAGGCAUCCACAUCGAACGUUGAUGCCACUAUCUUCUAUCCAUCUUCAGCAUGGUAGGACCAUCAGCACCAUGUUUAUCUAGUAGAGGUUCGUCCUUCAAGCACACAAGCCAACCCCUAUUCCGUGUUGGGAAAGUAAGGGCCACGGGACUCUCUUCUCCGAGAGACAAUAUCAUCCUUUAUAGUAACUGGAAAACAGCCCUGUCCCCCGGUGCUCACCGGAGCACGAGAUCCCUUCUCUCCUGAAGCUCACCUUACUACGAUGUGCACAGUACGUUGGUGGAGAUAUUUGUUGUUACAAUGACACGAGAGAUCAACUCGUGUAGUAUCAUACUAUCCGAACGCCGACUCUAUUCAAGGGAGUUACUGAAUAUAUGCACCUAGAACUUUGCACCUGUUGGCAAACAGUGUAACAACUUGUGAUAUAUAUUCACCACAAGCAAUAACUUAUCAUGGUACAAUUUGCACCAAUGUAUAUAUCUCAUACCUCUUACCUCGCAUAGUUGUGCUAAUAUAGGGAAAAGCUGCAUUUGGUGUAGAUGUUUGUCUAAACAACUCAUCAAACAAGGUAGGUCGUUAGCUUUAUGACGGACAUUUCAUCUUUACAACACGCCACCUGUCGGCAGACGGAGAAAGAAGCUAUGGACCAUUCCGAAAAGAACCAUCUCAGCGCUAUGACUUACGUAAAUCUAGGUAUAGGAAUUGGAGUUACGACUUCUAGAGUUACUGGGUCUUAGGACUAAGAUCGUUUUGUGGAACUGGGCCCAGGUCUUGAGCGUAUUUUCUAUAGAUCGUUGUUGAUUUCAGUGAAAACUAGUUAACUCGAACAUUACCUCGACAUAUCGCUUUUGACGAUGUCACUUCAAGGUUGGACGAAUAAGCGAUAUAGUAUAGCGGUAUAAUUUACUGGUCAGUUGCAUCAAAAUAAUAUAGAUUCAAUGUCAUUGUGCAGGGGAAUUAAUUAUGAUGGAACAGGACUCACUGAAUACACAGACUGUAAGUAUGGAGAACAAUGGAUAGAUUCCCUUCUGUUAGCAUUACAUAUGGUAUGUUACUGUCAUGUUCUGCCUGUUUAAAUUAGAGUCAUGCAUUGUGCCAUAGAAACCUGGGGCACAUCACAUGAUCAUGUUUGUCCUAGUCUUACAAUUUCCAUGUAAAAUAUCGGUACCCCCGUUUCUUGAAAUCCGUCUAAUUGGAUUUGCAAAGAUUUCGAGUUUAUGAGAAUUCAUGUAUUUAUGUAUCACAUCACCGAUAUCUCCUUCAAUUUAUGUGUGUGUCAUAUCACCUUCAAAAUAAUUAAUACGUCAUUAAUACAUCUUUAGUGGAAGAAUAUCGUAAAUCCGAUUUAACUAUUCGUGUAGUUUCUGAAUGUACGAACGUUGAUCAUAAAUGUGGACCUUACCCCACACAAAACAACACAAAAACUUGUUUGUGAAGAAAGAAGUAUGUUUUAACUUUCAGCAGUAUACCCAAGCAAAUAUGUAGUCUAGGUCGUCUUUGUAUUGUAUGCGUAUAUAUUCUUAAUAUAGAGUAAACCAUCCUCUCUCAGCCAACAUACUGGAUAAUCGAGGGUGGUUGGCACCUCAUCUAUUUUAGAUCUUGCUUGAGACAUUGUGACAGUACAGAACUGGAUGAAUCCUUAUAUUUCGAAUCAUCUAACAUUGGCACACCGCUUGUCUCGAAGUAUACUGCAAACAAAGGGAAGAAAAAAUUUGAUAAUUCGAUUUCAACCAAAUGGUACAGAAGCUUUCAAAAUGUAAUUAGAUUGUAUUUGCCGAAACACUUAUGCAUGUAACAAGUACAUCACAAUCCAAUAACCAUUUUCCCUUCGUUACAUUUCAUCAAGCAUGGAUGAAUACUUUCUCUUUCCCGACAGAUUAUGAAUAACACGAUCUAUUUCUAUUGCUUCAAAGGCGUUACGUUCUUUUUCAACAUUCUGUGUCUUCUCGUUAUCUAAACCCAAGGGGUGGUGGGGUAGCCCAGUGGUUAAAGCGUUCGCUCGUCACGCCAAAGACCCGGGUUCGUUUCCCCACAUGGGUACAAUGUGUGAAGCCCA